UCCGAAAAACAGUGGACGGGAAUUUGCUUUACAGCUGCAAUUUAUGCACGUAAUAAUAAUAAUUUAAGCAAAAGCUGAGAGAAUACAAGAAGGGUAAGUAUUUUUGUUAAUUGAAAAAAAAAAAGAAAAGUAGCGACUUUUACGGGAAAAGGCUGGUGGGAAGACACGUGGCGAUGGUUUGACCGUUCGAUGAGAAUGAGGAGGAUGGCAGAAAGCGGUUGAUCUUUGGAUUUUGAGAUGACAUCCCCUAGGCAACGAAGGGAACAGUUUAUAGUGAAAUGAAAGUGAAAGAGAAAGAGAUCAUCUGUUUAUUUACUUGAAACUAAUGUUUAUUUCUUUUCGCUUUAUGGGUUUUGGUUUGUUCAUCAGAUAGAGAAGAAAGAGAAGGCAGCUUCGUUAACCUGCAAGAAAUCAGAGAAAGAGAGAUGGGUUAUGGUAAGACUUAAAUUGGGUUAGCAGAAAAGAGGGAAGAAAGGCAUGGCGGCGUUGGCAGAAAAAGAGAGCUGUAAUUCUCGUGUUGUGUCUUAAAUGCCUUUUGCAAUAACAAGAUAAACAAGUAAUUACCUAGCUGCAGCAGCAAAACGUAAUUGCCAAGGAAAGGAAAGAAGAGUGAAGAGAGAUUAUACAAGUUAAUUGGAGCCCUUUCCUCCAACAGAACUGACGUGUGUCCUCUUUUCUUAAUCCAAACCAGCUUUUUCUUCCAAUUAGGGGCAGCAAACGAGCAAAAAUAACAACACAAAAAUACCUAAUCAACAAUAGCUACUCACUUUCAGUUCUUGUUUUGUUAUUUGUUAUUUUUUUUUUAUGGGUUUAAGAUUGUUAGAUAGCUCAUAGCAGCAUAGGAUUGAAAGGAAUUGAAAAGAGUACCCAUUUGAAAAAAAUUGGGUUCUAAAUAAACAAGAGAGACGGAGUUUCUGAUAUGGAUUGUCAGUUACGAUUGAGGUCUGGGAGAGGUUUAAAGGAGGAAAAAUGGCUGGGUUUUUCUCACUAGGAGGAAGAGGAAGCAACAGCCAAGACGAUCAACAAAAUAAUCCACCAACAGAAAUCCCACCUGAGAGCUGGUUUUGGUACAAAAAUGAUGACAUUUCUUACAAGGGUUUGGAACUAUGGCAACAACAACAACAACUUUUCCAACACCACAACAGCAGCAGCAGCAACAACCCGCAUGACCAACAACAGCAAGACCUUUAUUCAUCGGCAGCUGGGUUAGGUGUUGGACUUGGACCUAGCAGGAGCUCAAUCAACUUCUCUGAUGAUUCUUCCUCGAGAUCGGCUUUCAUGUUGAUGAGAAAUAGUGGUGGAGGAGGAGGAGGCAUGAGUUGCCAAGAUUGUGGCAAUCAAGCUAAAAAAGAUUGCAUUCACAUGCGGUGUAGAACUUGUUGUAAGAGCCGAGGAUUUGAUUGUCAAACCCAUGUUAGAAGUACUUGGGUUCCUGCUUCCAAGCGCCGUGAAAGGCAACAACAACUUGUUGCUUUGCAGCAACAACAGCAACAGCAACUUCAGGUUCGUGGAGAGAAUCCCAAAAGACAGCGAGAGAAUCCAACCUCUUCUUCUCUUGCCUGCACUCGUUUACCCACAACCGCGUCAGGGUUAGAACUGGGGAACUUUCCGGCGGAAGUGAACUCUCAAGCGAUGUUCCGGUGCGUGAGAGUGAGUAGCAUUGAAGAUGCUGACGAUCAGUACGCUUACCAGACGGCUCUGAACAUUGGAGGGCAUGUUUUCAAGGGAAUUCUUUACGAUCAAGGCCCUGAAAGUGGCUACAACAUGGCAGUAGCAGCUGGUGAGAGUUCUUCUGGUGGGGUUCAACCACUUGAUCUUAUCGCCGCCGGCCCCAUCGCCGCCACCACCGACAUGGCUACCAUUGAAGCUAACGCCAGUGGCGGUACUGCAACAGCUGCUUCUUCUUCAUCAACCGCCGCAUUUUUAGACCCUUCCUCUCUAUUUGCAACUCCACUCAACAGAUUCAUGGCUGGUGACUCUCAGCUCUCAACUCGGGUGGAUUCUCCAUCAACAUUCUUUUUUGGUUACGGAAUUCGUAACUGUCAGCAAUGCUCUGAAAGAAAGAAUAUGGGAAUAACUAAAUUCUCUUUUUCUGCAGAUAUAUACAGCGCAUUCACUAUCGCAAACCCAAUUUUUAUUUUUAUAUUCUUAAUUAUUGUCGAACCCUAGAUCACAUGACCAGCCUAGAACUAUAAUCUGCACUAAAACAUGCAUGAAAAACGAGUGGAGAGGUAGAGGUUACUCAACUCAAGAUUUUGUGAGCUUUGACGUCCUUCCGAGCACCAUACAUUUGGCUAAGCCAUGGCCAACAACGAGCUCCAUCCUUUUUGUUGCUAUUUUUUCCAAGCCCCAAGUUCCCGUUGUGCCUGACCCGACUUCAGCCGUGUCCCGACAUCCACUUUGCUUCGGCAACCGUCCACAGACAUCAGAAUAGCAAGCAUAGAACUGAGAGCCAUGAUUCAAUAGUAGUGAAAAAGCCGUUGGCAGUUUAUAGUUGGGAGUUGUCUGAAAGAAAAUAGAGUAAAUAUAAACAAAAGAAAUUAAGAACAUCAAUGAUUAAGCACAUCAAACAGUUUUGCUUGAAUUGAAAGCAAAAGGACAGCUAAAAGUCAUUUACGACUACUGGGAUUUAUGGCAUUAAGGCAGUGUAGGGACGUGUCCAUAUCUGCUGCGUACGUAGUACCUAGGGUGUGGCCAGUGGGCAGUGGCCAGUGUGCAGAGAGAUAAAUCUUCUGCAGGAACAACAAUAUAGUUAAUUUGGAUUUGUGGGUAUAAAUUUGGUGUGGUCCCAAACUGGCUUUACUGUUAGUGUGUCUCAGCUCUGCUCCAAAAGCUUUGCUUGCUCAACUUGUUGGAACAAAAAGGCCCUGUAAUGCUUGUGAGAGUGCAGUCGAAGCAGUCUUUGCUGAGCCUCUGGAUUGGUUGGGGACAGUCUUCUUUGCUGACGUUAUGCUGCAAAUUGGUGAAAAGUUAUAUUCAUUCAAAGUUGCCUGUUGUAGAAAUUAUAUAUAUAUAUA